UGCGCACUGGCCACCUUCCAUUUGGCGCACAAUCACUCCCCUCUGCACGCGUUCCGUCUUCCUACCUAUUUAUUCCCCUCCACCCGUCACCCACUCCUCAUCCUUUUCUUCUACAUCCACUCACAACACAUCCACAUCAACCAACAAGUACAUCAUCACCAACAAACAAACCCAUCAACUCCAUCAUCACACACAGCAGCAAUGGCCCGCACCAAGCAGACCGCCCGUAAGUCCACUGGUGGCAAGGCUCCCCGCAAGCAGCUCGCCUCCAAGGCCGCCCGCAAGAGCGCCCCCUCCACCGGAGGUGUCAAGAAGCCUCACCGCUACAAGCCCGGUACCGUCGCUCUUCGUGAGAUUCGUCGCUACCAGAAGUCCACCGAGCUUCUGAUCCGCAAGCUCCCCUUCCAGCGUCUGGUUCGUGAGAUCGCCCAGGACUUCAAGUCCGAUCUUCGCUUCCAGUCCUCCGCCAUUGGCGCUCUUCAGGAGUCCGUCGAGUCUUACCUCGUCUCUCUCUUCGAGGACACCAACCUGUGCGCCAUCCACGCCAAGCGUGUCACCAUCCAGUCCAAGGACAUCCAGCUCGCCCGCCGCCUCCGCGGUGAGCGCAACUAAGCGACUGUCUUUUGAUUUUCUCUUUUCACAUGGGUGGCUCAUGACUCGCGCGUUUGGGAAUGCUUGACGAAGGGACCGUCUUGGUUUUGGGGGUAAUCUGGCGUUUAACGAUGCGUUCUUCAGAAUAACGCAAGGGUUGUACAUUAAACAAGCAGUAAAGGAUGACUGCAUGCAAUGGCAAACAUUAUGAACUACUCUACAUUGUCCCGUAUGAAGAACGUGAAGAACUGCGCAAUCAGUCGUAUUAUCGUCGCAAGUGUCAGAACACGUACCUUUGCAUGCAAACCUCGCCAUAACGCGAUUGGGCCGAAUCGCGAGACUGGCGAGAACAGCACCCGGGGUGCGACGCGUAUACAGUGAUCGACAGGAUGGCAGGCGCAUUCUCCCUGUCGCAG